AUGUCGUACUCGUAUCUAGCCGAUUCAACCUAUGGGAAGGACAAUGUCAAGUUCCUGAAGGUGAAGAAGGACAAGCAAAACCAAAAGGUCCAUGAGAUUAUGGAGGCUACUGUGUGUGUUUUGCUCAAAGGUGAUUUCGAUGUUUCUUACACAGAGGCUAACAACGCACCAAUUGUUCCCACUGACACCGUUAAGAACACAAUCUUGAUUUUGGCUAAGAAAUACGACACUUUUCCUCUCGAGAAGUUCGCUGCCAGACUGGCCUUGCACUUCACCUCCAAAUACGCUCACGUUUCUGGCUUGACCGUCAAAAUCACUCAAGAUCGUUGGGCCAAAUACAACGUCGACGGCAAGCCGGCACAUCAUUCGUUUGUCCACCAGGGUCCUGAAAAGAAGAUCAUUUGUCUAGACUAUGAUAAGAAGAAUGGACCAUCCAAGUAUUCUCUUUCAACUUCGAUCAAAGACCUAACCGUUUUGAAGUCUACAAACUCUAUGUUUUACGGCUACAAUGUCUGUGACUACACAACCUUGAAGCCUACCAAUGACCGUGUUUUGUCUACCGAUGUCUUUGCCACUGUUGACUGGUGCCCAAAGAGACUAGGAUGCUUGAACAGCAUUUCCUCUGGGUCCAAGGACGAGAUCUUCAACCACACUUACCUAACUGCUCGCGACAUCACUCUCGAUACUUUUGCUAAGGAGAAUUCCCCAUCCGUGCAGGCCACGAUGUACAACAUGGCGACCGCCAUUUUGAAGGCCGCUCCCCAAGUUGCCUUUGUUAAUUACGAAUUGCCCAACAAACACUACUUCCUGUUUGACCUCAAAUGGUUCGAGGGAUUGGAAAACGACAACGAAUUGUUUUACCCAUCUCCACACCCAAAUGGUUUGAUCAGAUGCAAGGUUGGGCGCAACCAAGCAAAAUUGUAG